AUGACGAUAAACCUCGCGCCCAAAGACAAGGCCAAGAUUGUCAAAGACGUCUCGCAGCUCGUCCUCGCCCGCCGCACGCGCAUGUGCAACUUCCUAGAGUAUAAAGACACCAAGGUCGUCUACCGCCGCUAUGCCUCACUCUUCUUCAUCGCCGGAUGCGACGCGACCGACAAUGAGCUGAUCACGCUCGAAAUCGUCCAUCGCUAUGUCGAGCAGAUGGACAAAUACUACGGGAACGUGUGCGAACUCGACAUUAUCUUCAACUUCCAGAAGGCAUACUUCAUCCUCGAUGAGCUUCUGUUGGCGGGCGAAAUGCAAGAGAGUAGCAAAAAGAACGUGCUCCGCUGUAUAGGCCAGCAAGACAGCCUUGAGGACAUGGAGUCGCUUCGUCCCGGCACCAUCUGGCUGACGCGCACUUUCCCUGGCCAGGCCGAGGACGACAUCGUCACCAAGAUCAUGUAG